UCCUUCUCCCUCCCACACUCUCCUCUCCUCCAUCGCUCGUUUAUUUGCUCAGAUCUGACCACUUGCUCUGCCAGGCUUUCAAAUCCGCUGCAGGCAGGAUGUCGAUCGUCAGCAUUGUUGCCAGGGAGAUCUUGGACUCCAGGGGGAAUCCAACUGUCGAGGUUGACCUGAAUACGAGCAAAGGUUUAUUCAGGGCUGCUGUUCCCAGUGGUGCUUCGACUGGGAUCUACGAGGCCCUGGAGCUCCGAGAUGGAGACAAAACCCGCUACAAGGGAAAAGGUGUCACAAAGGCCGUGGGACAUAUUAACGACACUCUGGCGCCUGCUCUGAUUGAGUCGGGUAUCAGCGUGUUGGAGCAGGACGCACUGGACAACGUCAUGAUCGAACUGGACGGCACCGAGAACAAAUCUAAGUUUGGAGCCAACGCUAUUCUGGGAGUGUCUCUGGCCAUAUGCAAAGCCGGCGCUGCAGAAAAGGGCGUCCCGUUGUACCGGCAUAUCGCUGACUUGGCAGGAAAUCGAGAACUAGUCCUUCCUGUUCCCGCUUUUAAUGUGAUCAACGGAGGGUCUCACGCUGGGAACAGACUGGCCAUGCAGGAGUUCAUGGUGCUUCCCGUGGGGGCGGAGUCAUUCAGAGACGCUCUUCGGGUAGGGGCGGAGCUGUACCAAACUCUGAGGGGCGUCAUCAAAGAGAAAUAUGGACAAGACGCGACGAAUGUGGGAGACGAGGGCGGAUUUGCCCCGAAUAUACAAGAAAAUAGUGAAGCUUUGGAGCUGAUCAAAACCGCCAUAGAAAAGGCAGGAUUCACAGAUAAAGUGGUGAUCGGGAUGGACGUCGCCGCUUCUGAAUUCUUCAUGGAGGGACAGUACGACCUGGACUUCAAAUCUCCUCCAAACGUGGCGCGAAACAUCAGCGCGGACGAGUUAGCGAGCAUCUACCAGGGCUUCAUCAACAACUACCCAGUUGUUUCUAUUGAAGAUCCAUUUGACCAAGACGACUGGGAGGCUUGGACCAAAUUCACAGCUUCUGUCGGUAUUCAGGUGGUGGGGGACGACCUGACGGUGACAAACCCUCGGAGGAUACAGAAGGCCGUGGAGGACAAAGCCUGUAACUGUUUACUGCUCAAAGUCAAUCAGAUCGGCUCCGUGACUGAAGCCAUCAAAGCGUGUAAACUGGCUCAGGAGAACGGCUGGGGCGUCAUGGUCAGUCAUCGCUCCGGAGAGACAGAGGACACGUUUAUCGCUGAUCUGGUGGUGGGACUCUGCACCGGGCAGAUUAAAACUGGAGCUCCGUGUCGAUCAGAGCGUCUGGCGAAGUACAAUCAACUGAUGAGAAUCGAGGAGGAGUUGGGCGACCAGGCGCGUUUUGCCGGACACAACUUCCGCAACCCCAGUGCCAUCUGAGAGCCGUGAGCAGUGUGUGUUUAGUCUGAUCCCACACACACACACACACACACCGUCGCACGUCGUCAGCACUAAAAAACAGUUAUAUGCAUUUGUGUUGAGUCCGUUUUGCACAGCUUUAAGCAAAAGCCAUGUUUGUAUCUGUUCUUGGCUGAUAUCUGCGUUGUCGUAACUGUGUAAUAAUGAUUUCACCUUAACUGUAGAUGUGUAUAAUUGGGCUUUUUGGGAGAAAUUGUAGAGAUUUUAUUCAGUUUUUCUGUUUUGAAGUGACUCUACGCUCAAACACACGCUGUCAACUUUGAGACGAUCAAGAAAAUACAAGAGUGAAAAUGAAAAUUAACAUCAGUUUGACAGUUUUCUAUCAGCUAAACCCCCUGUGAAAUCUAUAAUAACAGCCCCGCCCACUUCUGCAAUUGAAAGGAGUGACAGAUUUAACCGAAAUAAUGACUUCAAAGGUGAACAGCGAAAGAGAACAGUUAUAAAAUUAAAAAAAUGUGACCUACGUUUGAAGUAAAUACAUUUUUUUGCUGUGUUCAUAGUAGUGCACCUCGUCGUGUCUUCCUCGUUGUCCGACCCGAUGUGAUUCUCAGUGCUGUGCAAAUGAAAAAUGUUUUAUGUGUCAAUAAUGGCUCAGUGGAGCUCAAGUGCAAUAAAAGUUCAAAUGUG